AUGGGGAAAGGAGGAGAGUUGAGCGAAGGAGUGUUGAAGAAGAUCGUUCUGUCAUACACUUACGUGGCCAUAUGGAUAUUCCUUUCGUUUAACGUGAUAGUGUACAACAAGUAUAUUCUGGAUCGGAAGAUGUACAACUGGCCAUACCCGAUUUCUCUAACCAUGAUUCAUAUGAGCUUUUGUUCGUCCUUGGCUUAUCUUCUUGUUCGGGUGUUUAAGGUUGUCGAGCCUGUGACUAUGUCUUGGGAUAUGUAUAUCAAAUCCGUCGUACCCAUCGGGCUGCUUUAUUCUGUGUCUCUUUGGCUUUCGAAUUCGGCUUAUAUUUAUCUCUCUGUGUCAUUUAUUCAAAUGCUUAAGGCACUUAUGCCGGUGGCGGUUUAUUCGAUUGGUGUGAUUUUCAAGAAAGAGACUUUCAGAUCGGAGACGAUGACGAAUAUGAUUUCGAUCUCAAUUGGGGUUGGCGUGGCUGCUUAUGGAGAGGCCAAAUUUGACACAUGGGGAGUGAUUCUUCAAUUGGGUGCUCUGGCUUUUGAGGCUACAAGGCUUGUUAUGAUCCAGAUCUUGCUAACUUCUAAGGGAAUUACUCUUAAUCCUAUUACAUCCCUCUAUUAUGUUGCUCCCUGCUGCUUGGUUUUCCUGGUUUUCCCGUGGAUUUUCGUCGAGUUUCCUAUCUUGAAGGAGACCUCCAGCUUCCAUUUUGAUUUUCUGAUUUUUGGGACCAAUUCUUUCUGCGCAUUUGCGCUGAAUCUUGCCGUGUUCUUGCUCGUUGGAAAGACCUCUGCAUUGACUAUGAAUGUAGCUGGCGUGGUUAAAGACUGGCUCUUGAUUGCAUUUUCCUGGUCCGUGAUUAAGGACACUGUUACUCCAAUCAAUCUGUUUGGGUAUGCAUUGGCCUUCUUGGGUGUGGUGUAUUAUAAUCACUCGAAGUUGCAGGCGCUCAAGGCCAAGGAAGAGCAAAAGAAAGCUCAGCAAGCUGACGAGGAGUCUGGAAAAUUGUUGGCAGAAAAAGAAGAAAAUAAUGGCACAAGUAAAAAUGAUUCACUGAAUUGA